UUUUCUUUCACUUGUUAGAGGUUUAUAAAUGACUUUACAAAAUACUAUAGAUAUAAUUUAGAAGCUGCUUUCAUAAAAUGAAGGAAGUAAACCAGUUCAGGUAAAUUAUAUUGAACAGAUUCUCACAUUAAUGUAACUUGACUGAAACAGAAAUGAAGAGAAGAACUGAAGCAGCAGGAAGAGAAGAAACAUUUCUUCUCUCUGACUUCUAAUGAUGAAAUCUACAUUUCUGAUUUCAUUUCUGGUUGAUGUGUGUGGAGUAAAACUUUGCUCUAAAUGUGUCUUUUUCUCUUCAGCAGGCGUCAGUGGAGGAAUAAUCGAUCUCUACAAUAAACCUGGAGAUGAGGUUGUUUUACCUUGUAACAGUAAACCAUCAUCUUCCUCAUGUUCCAAUGUUCACUGGUUUUACAGCAGAGAUGAAAGACGUGCAGCUGAAGAGGAGGUUAAAGAAGGAAAUGUUGAUGAAAACUCAGCUCGAGCUGCCAGACUGAGUGUGAACAGUAACUGCUCUCUGAUCAUCAACAACAUCACUGAUGAAGAUGUUGGUUUCUACAUUUGUAGACAUGGACGAACAGGUUCCUUUGAUGCAGAUGUGUAUCUAAAUAUUCUGACUGUCUCUCCGUCUCCACCAGAUGCUGAUCUACAGAAGGAUGAAGUCACAUUAACCUGCUCUCUGUGGAGAUUCAGUAACAUUAAUACUUGUAAACAGAGCAGCUUCCGCUGGUUGGAUGAUGAAGGAACUGAGCUGCAAGAUGAAAGUGUUGAUUUCUACGUCAGACAGACAAACUGUGUUUCCAACCUGACUGUAAAACAUCAGAGAGACGACAACAGAAGAUUCACCUGCCAGUUUGUUGAAGGAAACAGUGUGAAGAUAGAAGCUCACUACACACCUGAUUCUACAGGUUCUCAGAACCCAGAAAGCCAACAAACUAUCAUCAUCAUCAUCGGAGCAGUGGUCGGGGUGAUGCUCCUGUUCUUCAUCAUCACUGUUUUCAUCAUCAAAUGCAGACGGAGAACCAAAGAGACCGAAGAUCAAAGAAUCACAAGCGGAGGUGAGGACUCAAAAGCAGAUAACCAAGGUAGGAGGCUGAAUGGUGCUGGUAACAAAGGCUUUAAUCCAGAAAACUCAGGAACAGAAAACCACACACUACAGGGAUAAACCAGAAGGAUCUGACAGAGAAGAAGUGAAACCAUCGGGUAUUUGUACACAGAGGAACUAAUUGAGAACAGGUGAAGUGAAUCAAAAUCAAACCAGGUGAGCUAAUGAGCCAGGAACAGAAAACACAGCCCAUGAGGGAAACUAAAGACUGAAACAAAACCAGAAACACUAAAGCAAAAUCAGAACUAAAGACAAAAACCAGAACCGAUCACUGAAAUUAAGAAAAUACCAAACACAAGAAAAGAAUUAAGACCCAUGCAGCAUGACAGAUUUAUCUCAUAUCUUCUAAUGUUAGAAAUAAACGUUACCUUCCAAACAUGUUAAUAAACUUCUUGGUAUCAGUACAAAUGUUUGAUUUCAUAUGACAUUUAUUUACAUCAACAUCUGUAACUGACCAGAUGUGAACUGACACUAAAUUAUUUUAUUUUAUUAAAAUAUGUUCAAAGUUUUAUUUUAUUGUUGCGAACACAAAACCAUCAUUCAGCAUCACCUUUAACUUUCAUCAAAGUCCAUAACAGAUUACUUCAGGAUUUUUACAUUGAUGCUGAUGUAUUUCAUACAGAAGCUGAGAGAGGACAUUUUAUUCAUAUUUCAUUUUGAUGCAAUUUAUCUCGAGAUCACAAAGCAAAUUUUUGUUUUCUAGAGAUAAUCACCUACUGCAGGGGUGCCCAAGUCCGGUCCUCCAGAGCUUCUAUCCUGCAACUUUUAGAUGCAUCCCUCCUCCAACACACCUGAAUGAAAUGAAUGUGUCGUUACCAGCCUCUGCAGAGCUGAACCACAUGUGGAUGAAUUCAGCCAUUUAA